CCGCCCACUUCCGCUUUGAAUUCUCCUUUUGGGCCUCGGGAGUUCCCGCCAUCUGCGCUGGUUUUUGCUGGUCAAGUGCGGGGGAUCUGUUGGCGGCGUCCUACUGGAGAAGCAUACGGAAGGGAGACAACGCUGCACCCGUUGCCCAGUCUGAGCUCGGAGAGGAAGGGGAGCUAGCUGGAACGCACGCAGAGGUGUCCCAGAGUUGGCAGAACUAGACCUGGGCCUUGGAAGGGAAGGACUCUGCAGCAGCCAUGUGAGGCCUCAAGGUGAAAGAACCAUGUGCAUUCGGGCUUCUGGGGCCGGCCAGGAGCAGGGCAUGGGACUUACCACUCACCUGAGAAGGUGGAACAAGAAACCGAACAGAAGCCUUACCUAGGUAAGAUCUGUUCUCUCCGUAUUUCUGAACCAAUGAAGAGGAAGUGGGAAGCAAAACUGAAGCAAAUUGAAGAGCGAGCAUCUCGUUAUGAGAGGAAGCCACUGUUCUCCGUGUAUAGGCCACGGCUGUGCAAGCCAGAAGAACCCCCCUCCAUUUGGAAACUCUUUCAUCGGCAGACCGAAGCUUUUAAUUUUGUUAAAAGCUGUAAAGAGUAUGUUCAUGUAUUUGCUUUGGAAUACAAGGUGGGAGACGGACAACGUAUUUACCUCGUAACAACUUACGUUCAGCUCUGGUUUUAUUAUAAAUCCCGUAUUCAUUUUAGAAGAAACCUCUUGCACUGCUAUGAAGUUAUUCCGGAGAAUGCUGUGUGUAAGCUUUAUUUUGAUUUGGAAUUCAACAAGCCCGCUAAUCCAGAAGCCGAUGGGAAGAGGAUGGUUGCAUUACUCAUUGAGCAUGUUUGUAAAGCGCUUCAAGAGUUGUAUGGUGUGACUUGUUCAGCCAAGGAUGUGUUCAACUUGGAUUCCAGCACUGACGAAAAGUUUAGCCGCCAUUUGAUAUUUCAGCUCCGCGAUGUGGCGUUUAAAGAUAACAUUCAUGUGGGUAAUUUUGUGAAAAAAAUUUUGCAGCCUGCUCUCCACUUCAUUGCCAGUGGAGAGGAUGAUUCAGGUCCAGAGACGACGGGGCAUGGAUUUUCUCGUUUUUCUGAAGCACCAGUAAAACAAGGGAUUUCCUCUAACAGGAUGUCCACAGGUGAGGAUACGGGAGCCAGCCGGACAUGGAGUCCAGAGGAACCAGAGAGGCCCAGGUCAGCCAGACCAAGCAGUCCUGAUCUUUCCUUCCUGGUUGUGAAGAAUAACACGGGAGAAAAGCGUCUUUUUGUAGAUCUGGGAGUUUAUACAAGAAAUAGAAACUUUCGUCUGUAUAAAUCAUCAAAAAUAGGAAAACGUGUGGCUUUUGAGAUUGCUGAGGACAACAAAUUUUUUCCUGAAGAGUCAAAAAAGGUUUCUGAAGAAAAUCAAUAUUUCCUCUAUUCUUUGGUCACCAAUAUCAGAUUCUCAGAUACUUUACGAAUUCUUACAUGUGACACAUCUCAGCAUACAGAAGAGCAAGUUGAGCGUUUUAAUAGUACCGCUUCAGUAAAAACCAUUGAAGGUUUUCAGUGUUCACCCUACCCUGAAGUUGAUCAUUUUGUUCUUUCUUUGGUGAAUAAAAAUGACAUUAAAGGAGGGAUUCGGCGCUGGAACUACUUUUUCCCAGAAGAAUUACUGGUUUAUGAUAUUUGUAGAUACCGCUGGUGUGAAAACAUUGGAAGAGCCCACAAGAGUAAUAACAUCAUGAUUCUGGUAGAUCUGAAAAAUGAAGUUUGGUAUCAAAAAUGUCAUGAUCCUGUAUGUAAAGCAGAAAACUUCAAAUCUGAUUGUUUUCCAUUACCUGCUGAAGUAUGUCUCCAGUUUCUUCUCAAAGAGGAAGAAGAGUUUACAACACAUGACGCAGAUGAAACGAGGAACAACGAAACCAAGGCUCCUGAGAAACCAUCCCCGAGUAAGUUGCCAACAGGUGUAUCUUCUGAUGCUGGCUGGGAUGAUGACAUAGACGAGGCCCACUUUUUAGAAGCUACUGAAGAUGCCGAGUUAGCUGAAGCUGCAGAGCACGGCCUUCUCAGUGACAGUAGCGUGGUGGACGAAAUUCCCGAUGAACUAAUUAUAGAAGCAUUACAGCAGUAGACGCUGAUGGAACCGGGGCUCUGACUUGCCUGAAGGCUUGAGAUUUGAUAAAUUAUAUUAAUUUAUUAUUAAUCCUAUUUAUACCAAGUAAGUUUUAAUCAGUUUGUUUUCUAUUUCUGAUUUAAGUAAACCACUUAUUCAAAACAGCUUUGGUGUACUUAAAUUCAGUG